CGGGGGCGGGGGUAGGUGGUGCUCCACCUGGGCGGAGCUUUUGCACUCGCCCCAAUUUCUUCCCUCUUUAAAGUCCUCGGUCCACAGGCUUCUUUACAUCACGCCUCCUCCUAGCUCUCCAACUUCGUUCUCUCACGGUUUUCAGCCGCCGCCUCUACUCAUCAUGGACCCCAACUGCUCCUGUGCCACAGAUGGAUCCUGCUCCUGCGCCGGGUCUUGCAAAUGCAAACAGUGCAAAUGCACCACCUGCAAGAAAAGCUGCUGCUCCUGUUGCCCCGUGGGCUGUGCGAAGUGCUCUCAGGGCUGCAUCUGCAAAGAAGCUUCAGACAAGUGCAGCUGCUGCGCCUGAAGUGGGAUUUCCCCUCAUCUGCGUGUAAAUAGAACAAUGUGUAGAAAGUAACCUUUUUUUUUUACAACCCUGGCCUGUUUUCCACACCUCUUUCUAUAAAACAUGUAACAGAUAAUAAAAAGCGUUGACUUAAUUAA